UUUCAUUUUCCCCCGCGCAUUGCACAUGCAUCAACUGACCGUUUUCUCGUUGCUGGUAGCAAUCACGCUCGCAGGCACUGCCUCCGCUGCCUGCUUCCCGCCGAACGAACGCCGCGCGCUCCGCACGGACUUGGCCCCCAUUCAGAUCGUCGCCAACGCCUGGAAUUCCUCAAUGAUCAGCGCUACCAUUGCUCGCAUCGUUCUUGAGGAGAAACUCGGUCUGCCGGCGCAAUUGUAUGGAAUGUACGGCACUUACGAUGAGUCAUUCGCCGCUUUAUCCAGCGGCGCCGGCGACUUGCUUAUGGAGGCGUAUCCCAAGUACACCCAGUACCUGAUUGACGAAUACGUGACCGAGCGUCGCACCGUGGUGUAUGUCGGCCCGUCAGGCAUCAUUGGCGAGACAGGUUGGUACAUCCCCGAGUAUGUCUGGGAUGUUAGCACAAUCACUGACAGCUACAUUGCAUACUACGAUGAGCGCAUCCAAGCAAUGUUCCGACUGAAUACGAUUCCCGUAGGCUUUCAGCUUGACAACACUACUCUUCGCAGUGCUGUGGACGACAUCGAUCUCAUUCUUGAGAGCCCUGCAUGCAAUGCUGCACUCAACGCGUCGCUCGUGGCGGCGGACUGCACUGCCACCGUUGAGGCGUUCUUGGAAUUGCUUCGUGAGCGUGCCAACUUGAAGGACGAGGGCGAACCAAUCACCUUUUGGACCAUGCCUGAUGCGUGGGGCACGCUUGACCGCGUCAUUGUGCAAAACCUGAGCUUGAACUUCAACGUCACCUGCCCCGUCUCCCAAACGCUUGGCGUUGAUGAAACAAUGGAUGCAAUGGUUGAAGUGACCAAGCAGUCCUACAUUGCUCGCAAGCCGUUCAUUCAGUACUGGACCAAGCCGCACUACGUCUUUGCGGACGUCUCUCCUGCUCGUCUUCAUCGCGUGCAGCUGCCCGAGUUCGACUCGACCUGCAACGCCUCAAGCUCAGCCUACCGUUGCGGAUACGAGGACCAGCGUGUGGUGAAGAUGAUGUCGUCGAAGCUGCCGAGCAAAAACUCUGUCGCCGCCGACUUUGUCGAUCACUUUAGCUACACCUCCCAGGAUCAGUCGAACAUUCUUGGCCAGAUGGUCUUCAAUGGCAAGAGCCUUGAAGAAGCAACCUGCGAAUGGGUGAUUGCCAACUUUGCUGCCAUGGAGCCCAACCUUCCCGAUCCUUCGCGCCUUGUCACGCCCACCAAGGUUUCCCCGGCGCUCCGCAUUGCAUUUAUCGUCGUUGCCGCGGCUGAAUUGGCGCUCUUCGUCCUCUUUAUCUUCGGUGUCAUCCACUACCGUCGAGUUCGUGCCGUGCUCUCUGGCAGCCCCAAGUUCCUCUUCCUCAUGCUCAUCGGCGCCUCUUGGUCAAUGUUUUGGGUCAUCUUGAACUAUCAGGAGGAAGUCACCCCGAAUCUGUGCAUUGCUCGCGUGUGGGCUCGCCACCUUGGGUUUGCCAUCAUCUUUGCCGCCAUCUUCCUGAAGACUUGGCGCAUUGCCAGCGUGUUCAACAUCAAGUCCAGCAAGGGUGGCCAGUUGACCGAUCGCGUCUUGCUGUACCGCUUUUUGCUCAUCGUGGGUUACGCCACCGUCAACCUGGUCGCGUGGUCUGUCUCCACCCCUCCAACAACUGGCACCGUCGUCUCCAACAAUGAGAGUUACCUUGUCUGCGAGGUCACUUGGUGGGACAACGCCAUCUACAUUGAAGAGCUUGUCGCCAUGGUGGCUCUUGGCUUGCUCUGCUACCGCGUUCGAAAGGCGCCGUCUGCCUUCAACGAGUCCAAGCACAUCGGCCUUGCGGUGUACAACUGGAUUGUGAUGGGCAUUAUUUUGCAAAUCAUCCUGAACUCGACGACUGGCACUGCCGACUUUUUCUUUGCCAUUCAAUCGCUCGAGGUUCUCGUGCCCGUUCCGAUUGCCGUGAUGAUUUUGAUGGCGCCGAAAUUCUACCUGAUCUUGCGCGGCAAGGGCAACGACGUUGCUACCAGCAGUUACCGCGGCUCCAAUCCCAACGGCAGCCACCCCAAGACCCCGUCCGCCAAUGCCGGCGGAAGUGGCAGCAACCAGAAGUCUGGUGACAUGGAAAUGUCGUCCGGCAACGAGAGCGAGAAUGGCCGCACCGCGCAACUUAGUGGCAAGGCUGCUGUUCAAGAAAUCCGCUCCCUUCGCAACGAAAACACUCGCCUGCUCAAGGAAGUCGAGGCCAUGCGCACACAGCUGCUGCGCAUGCACAACCCUCACAAUGGAAACGCCGUUUAAGGCUGUCCUGGAUACAUUUCCGGUCGCAACAUUUGAAUGUCGGCCGUGAAUGGAGGGAUUUUUUUUGUAUCUUUGUCGAUUUUGAGUUGUCAGUCUAAGUUUUGCAUGCUUGUCGAUUUUCUUGGUGAUGCUGUGUUUUUUGAGUUGUAUCGUUUGCUUAGUGCUGUUGUUUGAAUAUGUUUCAGAAGUUUGAAG